AUGAGAAACCAUUCAGCAAUAACAGCAUUCAUCAUAAUGGGUUUGACAAAUGACACACAACUAGAGAUUUUGAUUUUUGUCUUUUUGUUGGUCACAUAUAUGUUAAGUGUAAUUGGGAAUCUGACCAUAAUUUCUCUCAUAUUUGUGGAUCCUCAUUUAAAAACAGCUAUGUAUUUUUUUCUUCAAAAUUUCUCUUUCUUAGAAAUCUCAUUCACAACGGCCUGUGUGCCCACAUACCUCUACAUCAUAUCAAGUGGGGACAAAAUGAUCACCAUCAAUGCCUGCUUCAGCCAAAUUUUUUUUAUUGUCCUUUUUGCAGCUACAGAAUUUUUCCUCUUGACUGUGAUGUCUUAUGACCGCUAUGUGGCCAUCUGCAAACCCCUUCACUACAUGACCAUCAUGAACAGCAGAGUCUGCAGGAGACUCAUUCUCUCUUGUUGGGUAUCUGGCUUCUUGAUUAUCCUUCCACCCCUUGGCCUGAGUGUCCACCUGGAAUUCUGUGACUCUUUUAUUGACCAUUUUUUCUGUGAUGCUUCUCCAAUACUGAAGAAUGCAUGUUCGGAUACAUGGUUCAUAGAACAGCUGGUUAUAUUCUGUGCUGUGUUGACCUUUAUAGCGACCCUUGUGUGCAUAGUUCUGUCCUACAUAUACAUUAUUAGGACAGUUCUAAGAUUGCCCUCUGUUCAGGAAAGGAAAAAAGCCUUUUCCACGUGUUCUUCCCACAUGAUUGUGGUUUCCAUCACCUAUGGCAGCUGCAUUUUUAUGUAUGUGAAACCUUCAGCUAAGGAUGAAGUGGCCCUUAAUAAGGGAGUUUCUCUGCUGACUACAUCUAUUGCCCCUAUGUUGAACCCUUUCAUUUAUACCCUGAGGAAUAAACAAGUGAAGCGGUCUUUCCAUGACAUUCUUGAAAGGUUAAUAUUUUAUUCAAAAAAGUAG